GGUUGUCCGGCAGGAAACGACAAUGGCUGCUCGAACAGAGGCGCCCUCUUCCGGGUUGGGAAAAAAGCCUCUCCCCCUUUGUCCCAACCGCGGGUCACUUUCCAAAUCGAUACACGGAUGCUUCCUGGGAUGGACGGCUAGCUGGAGCUAACAUGACGUCACUAGCCUGCACGAGGACGGCUAGCGGUCGUCGUUCGGAAAAGGACGCCGCUUUGGACAAAAAUACACGACGUGUCUUCGUCACCGAGCGGCCGGAAUAGAACCCGAGCAGGUCUUCCGUUGGACACCAUCGAUUCCGGCUUUCCUGGUUGUGUCCUCGAUCGAUAUCCGUGCUCGUUUGUUGUCGUCGUCCUUGUUUUAACGCUUCACUUGGUCGCACAGCCUGUCGCGUUCAGGGACGUCCUGUAAAAAGGAGGACGCCCUGCCUACCUCGUCCGCGCUUAAACUGUUGCUGUAUGUUUACAAUAUUUGUCAUGAAAGUCACAUGUUUGCUGAGAUUGCCUUCAGAAGGUUAUCGAUCGUGGUAGGCAUUUUAAAGUGUGUGUUCUCACCUCUGUCGUCUCUGGGGGCAAAUUGGGGGCGGGCGGGUGGCUUGGAACACCAAGCUAACAAUUGCAACGCUUCUAAUUGGGGAGCCGAUGCUUUAUGACGCCGACGAUCCAGCCGACACUACACGCCGAAACGUUCUUCCUUUGCGCCGGCGGGGAACGCUGGUUGCCAAGGCAACAAGGUGAUGCUUUAUGACGUAACGCCGCCCCCUGCUGACCAACCUGCACUUAACCUGGAAGUAUUUCAACAGAUGCAACUUCAUUUGCUGCUCAUGAGCAAUGGGUGUUAUUUUUUCAAGUUGAUUGCAGUUUUUAGUGAAGGAACCUAACCCACCCCAACAUGAGCAAGCACAAAAACAGAACCCACACUGUGGGGGCGGACAUCUGUCUCCACAGAGCUGGAGUGGAGGACAGCAUAAUGACUACAGCAUUAAAGCAAUCAAGCACCACUGGGGGGGGGGGGGGGUCACAAGAUCAAAUAGGACAAGAGUUCUCCUUCAGAAGAAAAGUCUUGGGCCGCGGGGGACAAUAAAUCAAUCAUUUUGCCAGCCGUACCACACAACGACGCGCAUGUCUGUUGUCCUCGCCUCCAGGCAGGCAGGCAGAGGUUCACUCUGUGCUUUGCUUUAAGCACCUCCCAUAGAACAACGGCACGGAUGGAGUGAGCCCUUUUGUCAGCGACGCGCUAGAUAGAAAUCCUACAGGCUACAGACUGUAGGAACACGACUGUGCUCCCGUUUGCCGUCAAUAUCAGCUGAAUUUCACACAAUACACAUACUUUGGGAAUAAGUUCAUUUAGAAGAACGAAUCUGAUGAGCCACUUGGGAGCAGAAGAAGCCGGCUCUUUUCAAAAUAAAUAGAGACGAACUGUCAGCUUUAAAUAGAGACGAAAUUUCAAUCACUUUUGACGUGAUGAAUAUGCGUUAAUUACGCUACACAUUAAUGCCAUUAAUGAAACACUUUAGUUAAUGCACUGUUUGACAUCCCUAAAAAUGAUGAAAUCGUCCAAUUGAUGGAAUACGUAUGAAUGCCGUCUUCUUGCCUUUAUUCGUGGAAGUACAAGGACUGAAUAACGGGCGUGCUCAUUCGGGCCGGAGGCGGCGGCAGAGAGCGGAUGGGGGUCCAUGGUCAUCCAGGCCAGAGGUGGCGGUAGUGAGCAAGGUGCUCUCCCUGUCCUCUGCAACAGCAGGAGCGGCCGCAGCGACGAGGCGCCGGACUGCUCCCCAAUGGCUCUCUACGAGUACGUCACCCAGGAGCAGCUUGCGGGCUUCGACAAGUACAAGUACAGCGCCGUGGACUCCAAUCCGCUGUCCGUCUACAUCAUGCACCCCUUCUGGAACUUUGUGGUGAAGUUCCUCCCAAGGUGGUUGGCUCCAAACCUCAUCACCUUCACAGGCUUCAUGUUCCUCGUACUGAACUUCCUCAUGUUGGCCUUCUAUGACUUUGACUUCAGUGCCUCAGCCGCUGGCCAAUCGCACGUGCCCAGCUGGGUGUGGGUCACCGCGGGGAUCUUCAACUUCUUGGCCUAUACGCUGGACGGCGUGGAUGGCAAACAAGCACGGCGCACCAACUCCUCCACACCACUGGGGGAGCUGUUUGACCACGGACUGGACAGCUGGGCAUGUAUCUUUUUUGUGGCCACGGUUUACUCCAUAUUUGGGCGUGGAGAGAGCGGUGUGGGCGUGGCCACGCUCUACUACAUCCUGUGGGUGGUGCUGUUCUCCUUCAUCCUGUCACACUGGGAGAAAUACAACACGGGCAUCUUGUUUCUGCCGUGGGGAUACGACAUCAGCCAAGUGACCAUCUCCCUGGUCUACGUGGUAACCUCCGUGGUGGGCGUAGAAACAUGGUACCAGCCAGUCCUGUUCCACUUCCUGUACAGAGAUCUUUUCACCUUCAUGAUCAUUGCAUGUUCCUUCACUGUGACCUUACCCAUGAGCCUCUACAACGUCCUCAGGGCUCAGCGCAGCAACUCCCUGAAGCACAGCAGCGCGUACGAAGCCCUGCUGCCCUUCCUCUCCCCCACACUCCUCUUCCUCCUGUCCACCACGUGGGUGAUGUUAUCUCCAUCCAACAUCCUGGAGCUGCAGCCCAGGGUCUUCUACCUCAUGGUGGGGACGGCCUUCGCCAAUGUCACGUGCAAGCUGAUUGUGUGUCAGAUGAGCAACACGCGUUGCCAAGCGCUCAGCUGGCCGCUGCUGCUGCCCAUGGCCGCCGUGGUGGCGCUGGCCGUGUCCGGCUUGGCAUCGGACGAGGAGCUGCUGUUGCACCUGUGGACAGCGGCCGUCGUCGUAGCGCACGUACACUAUGGCGUGUCAGUGGUCCAGCAGCUCAGCGGCCACUUUGGCAUCUCCGCCUUCUCGCUGGAGAAGCCCAGCAGUGACUGACAGGAGGAGGAACGAAUCGGCCUGAAAGGGGCGGAGGUUUAGACUCCUCCCCUUUCUCAUCACCACGGAAACUGCAUUCCCUCCAUCUGUGGAGGAUCAAGUGGAACUAGACUGUGACACCCCCCCCCCCCCCCCACCUCAUUUCUGCGAUUGGGCGAGCUCAGGGGCUCCGGCUUCCCUCAUUGGACAAUUGGUGCACGUUCUUCGUUCUUGAGCCAGGGACGUGCAAGCGUUUCCUAAGGAGAUGGAUGACACGCACGCACACACACCCGCACACACACACACAUGCACACACAAGAAGAAUGUAUAAAAAGCCACGAUGAAAUGAAAUGUCAUUCUUGCCUUGGGAAGUAGACAUGACCAAUGGAUCUAAUCUUCUCCAACCUGGGCUAACCCUCAACCAGCGUGACCUCUGACCUGUUCCCACUUCCGCCUCGCCCGUGAGGAGUGGCGUUUAUGCCGACUGGUCCAAUUCCUUUGUUUACAUGUUCUGUUGCCAAGGCCAUUGCGUUUUAAUGAAGAGUGCGUCCAAAAGCCGUACGACGGAGCGGACUCACUCUGAGGGGAACGAGCCGACGCACGGGACCAAGUGCCGCCGCCACCCCCAUCUCCUUUUCUUUGACCCUUAACAAUGACUUAAAUGCCAGCCAGUGACUGUGUGCGCCCCCUGCUGGCCAAGACCUGAACGGGCAGGAACCAGGUUGUGGUGCGGAGCCGUUGGCGCCGCAGGUAUUUCUGGUACAUCAGCAGUAGAGGGCGCUGUGCGGGGUUCAAUUCCUCUGCUGACGCAGGCCAUCGUCCACGCAGCAAGGCAGGCUAAGAAAAGACGAACAAAACCGAAUUAGCACACAAACUUUGUUGUAAAGAUGAAAAUAUAACCAUGGAAAAGACAAGGUAGAAGAUGACUUCCUGUGUGGUCUUUUAUUCUGAAGACAGAAAUGGUAAAAGGAAAUGCUUUUCUAUAGAAGGUUUGACAGAAGCUGCCGAAAAAAUUAAAAUGUAUUUCUUCUUUAGCCGCCACGUUGGAGCCAUAAGGACAUCAUUAGGACAAUAAAAAGAUACGCAAGACUCUCUUUGAUGGAUCGAUGGUUAU